AUGAGUGGCACGCUCCCCUUUCGCGACAUUAAUGUGCACGCGUCCUCUACCCACUACGCCUUCUCUUCACCAUCUUCGCCGAACGCGCCAACUUUGGUGGUAGACCGACCCUCCGGCGACCUCAGACUCAACGAUGGCAAGCUUAGCGGUGGUCAUCGUGUGUCGAGCAUCUCGGGAAUCCUUGGUAUCAUCAAGCUACGACUAGGUACAAAGCUCUCGAGUUCGUUCUAUUCCAUACUCACAUGCUGACCCUUUUCAAUGUAGAUAGCUAUGUUAUAGUCAUCACCAAGUCCCAGGCCAUGGGGCGUCUAAAGGGCCAUCAAAUUUACAAGGUCAUCUCGACAGAAUUCUUGCCAUUGCGGGAGCGCCAGGUUCACGACCCGGACGAGGACCAGUACCUCACCUACCUGAAGCUUCUACUCAAGACCGGACCUAUGUACUUCUCCUAUUCUUUCGAUCUAACAAACAGCUUCCAGCGCCAGGCGGGAGGCAACACAAAUGAACCACUGUGGCAGCGUGCGGAUGACCGGUUCUUUUGGAAUCGAUACAUCUCCUCCACAUUGAUCGACUUUCGGCUAGGCAAGGCAGGAGGAAGACUUUCGUCGGGUCAGCAACCCUCAAUCGAUCCAUACAUUCUUCCUGUAAUGUACGGCAUGAUGAGCAUCACCAAUACGUCUAUCAAAGGGAAUGCUCUCACCUUUGUGCUCAUCACACGGCGAUCGAGACACCGGACGGGUACUCGUUAUCUGUCUCGUGGUAUCGACGAAGAUGGUCAUGUGUCCAAUUUCAAUGAGACCGAACAAUCCAUCAUUCUGAAUGACAACGCAUCAAGCGGCAUGACGAGCUACGCGGGCGACAGAGGUUUCGCGAACGGAAAGCCGGUCAGCGCGCCAGAGACACAGGUGUUCUCAUAUGUCCAGACCCGUGGAAGCGUUCCAGUCUUCUGGGCAGAGAUCAACACAUUGUCAUAUACGCCGAAGCUGCAAAUCCGCGGCGUAGAAAGCGCUGCAAAUGCAGCCAGACGGCAUUUCGACGAGCAAAUACGCCUUUAUGGCGAGAACUACAUGGUCAACCUUGUCAAUCAGAAAGGGCGCGAGCAGCGCGUGAAGGAUGCAUACGAGCAAGUCGUCAAAAUACUGCAAAGCUCCCCACAAGAAGAGAUCGAAGCUGAUCGCAAGACCAAUGAGAAGUUCGAUGUCAUCGAGCCUGGUGAUAAGCGAGGCUGGUUUGACCACCUUCACUACGUCUACUUUGAUUUUCACAAUGAGACAAAGGGUUUGAAGUGGCACCGCGCACAGCUCUUGCUCGACCAACUUAAGGAUGGUCUCACAGCCGGAGGCUAUUUCCACGGCAUUGACAUGCCUUCUGGAGGUGUUGAUGUCAGAAGAAAGCAGACGGCGGUUGUGAGAACAAAUUGCAUGGAUUGCUUGGACCGCACAAAUGUCGUCCAAUCGAUGCUGGGCCGAUGGGCAUUGACUCGUAUGCUGCUCGACCUGGGACUACUUCGCGCCGGAGAGACGGCACAAGAUGACGAAACCUUCGAGCAUCUCUUCCGAAACGUCUGGGCUGACAAUGCCGACAUCGUCUCGAAGACAUAUUCAGGAACAGGCGCUCUGAAGACCGACUUCACACGAACCGGCAACCGCACGAGGGCGGGUAUGCUGCAGGAUUUCAGCAAUAGCUGCACUCGGUAUAUCAAGAAUAAUUUCGCCGACGGUCCCCGACAGGAUGCUUUUGAUCUCUUCCUAGGCCAGUAUCCUCCAGACAUGGGCGGCAUUGGGUCAGCACAGCAAUUUGCAGACCGAAGACCAGUCAUCAUCCAAGCAGUCCCCUACGUUCUCGGAUUCUGUGUCUUCUUUGUUGUCAUCAGCGUGAGCACAAACCGCCUACCAGAUUCGACAAUCUGGCCUUUGCGGUUGUUUACGCUCUUCAGCAUGGCUGUCGCUGGCUAUGCAGGCCGGUUCAUGUCAACAUAUGGAAGUCUCUAUGUGAGUUAUCCCAUGCCAUUCGUACUCCUCUUCCACAGCUGACAGAUUGUUAGGUCAACUGGCCGAAACUCAACACGCCACAAUGGGCGAUCGAGGCGUACCAAGACACACUCGACAGAGCCAGCAAAGAUCCUCUCAUUGGACCAUUCGUCAGUGGCGGCAAGAGCGACUCUCGUCUCGGAAUCCUGGAAGAGGGCAAGAAACGUCGCGAGUAG